AUGGCGGCCCCAGAAACUGCAGAUACAGCUGCGAAGCAGCGAAUCAUCAAGCACAUGAAUGCAGACCACCACGACUCCAUACGCCGAUACAUCGAGGCGUAUGCUUCCAAGUCCAUGUUCCAGGGUCGCUCGGCGGAGAUGGUCGAUAUCGAUCUGAACCAGAUGGUCUUCAGUUGCUGUGGCCAACAAGCCGUCAUCGCCUUUGAUCCACCCAUGAAGGCCAUGCGUGAGGCUCGCGAGCGACUUGUACAGUUGGAUAAGGAUGCUCUUCAGAUCCUGGGCCAGAGCGACAUUCCCAUCACGAAGUUUGUUCCUGCGUACACGAAUCCAGCCCACCUGUGGAAUUUCACGCAGUGCGUGCUAGCCAUGCUCUUGCUACCGCGGCAGGCAAACUGGCAGCCCGGUUCAUUUCUCUAUGACAAUGCGUUGUAUUCCGUACCAGGCUUUGCGAGCUUUGUUGCUCGGGUCGGCUGGAUCGUCUUCGCGUGUAUGCUCCCAAUUCAUACUGUCGAAGCCAUUAUCAUGGCGAGGAAGCUCGCAAAGCACGGAUGCACGUUUAUGGAUGCGGUGUGGUGGAAGUGGGUGGGUACAUGUUUCAUUGAAGGGUUCACGUCGUUCUUCAGGCUCAAUGCGCUGAUUGAAGGGAAAAAGAGGGAGAAGGAGGCAAAGAAGCACUGA